UCAGUCAGUCAGUUCAGUUCGGUUUUCGCAGUAGACAUCAAGGCAGAGAACCAACAGCCCUAGGAAAAUCCAUCCAAGGCGAAGGCAACACCAGCGAAUUGGAGCAGUAGCAACAGCAACAUCAACGCAGCAUAAAGCAGUCCAGGCACAGUUGAUGCAAAAAGUUCCCAAACCAUUAGCCGCAAUCGAAUUAUUCGAACUUAAAUUUGAUUACACAGUGCGUGUACCACUGCGGGUGCGUUUGUGCCAGUGUGUGUGUGUGUGUGCGUGAGUGUCCUUGGCUGUGUGUGGCUAACAAAAAACAACAAUAAAAGAAAAUAGAAAGCUGAACUGAAGUAAAUCAAAACUCAGGGCGCCGCCAGGAUUUAGCAACCCACACAGGACGAAAGGAAGCUGAAAUCAGGCCAGCCCACAGAGGAAAAUCAAUUUUCUGUUAAAAUACACAAAUUGCAACGAUAGACGCGUCUCGAAAAGCGAAUAUUCACCGAGAAUAAUAAUCGGGCUGCAAAACUUCAAAUCCGCCGACGCCGCAGUCGCCCGCUACCUUUUUCCCCGCCGCCCACAAUUAAACGCCAUGCACACACACUCACGCGCGUAACACACACACACACAUACAUAUACAGAAAAUCGCCUGGACGUUAACGGUAAAAAGAAGAAGAAGACGCCGCCUGGUUAGGCCAUCAGUGGUGGAGGUGCAACGGGGGCUAAAAAGCCAACGAGAAGAGGAGCAAAGAAGGGGAAGGGGAACACAGACAAGAACUAACUGCAAAUCGAGGCGGAGACAGCCCACAACAGUCGCGUCCAUCGAGUUAGGCCUGCAAAAGAAUUAAUCGACAGCAAAAUCAAUCACAGCCUGCCGACAUCUCCAUUCAAACAAGGCCUAACCAAAAAGAAGCAGAAUGAAAUAAGAACUUCCAGAAUUUCCAAUAAAAAAAACACUAUCAACUAAAAGAGCCUAAAAUAAUAACUAAAUUUUUCUAAUAAAGACAUCUGUGAUUUGCAAAUAAAAAACAAAAAAGAUAAAUUUAUAAACAACAAUUAUUUUCAUAUUGCACUUUUUCAAAACCAACAAAUAACUGACAAAACAAAAUAAUUAAUUUUAUAAAUUUCCAAACAUAAAUCACAAAUAAUUGGGUGAGCGUAUAAAAUAAAUAUAAAUAUAUAUCGCACACGCAAAGCUGACACGCCUUGAGGAUAAAGUCGAAAACCGCAAAAGCUAAGCAAAAGCAGCAGCACCACCACCACCACAACCACCAAAAGCUGAAGCAGAAGCCGAACCACCAGCCAAGGCAGCCCCAAAUUCACACAAGGUCAACGGAAUUAAUAUUUUUUAAAUGGAAAUCAUUCCUGAAGGUAAACACUUUCGUUUGGUGCAUGAAUCAGAGCUUCCAGAAAUUUUGGUAACUUUAGAACGCUAUCUGCCGGAAUCAUUAAAGUUUCAUCAAACCAUAAAAACGUACCUGAAUGAUCGUAUUUGGGAUUUUAAGUUUUAUGUUGCUAAAGAUUGGCCCGACAAACCGAUAAUUCUCCAUUUUCCAGGAUGCACGCUUGCGCCGCACAACAAUAUUUACCAAACACUUGGCAUAUUUUGCCCAUCCGCACACAUCGAGCAUGUCGAUAUGAUGCGCACCGAAGAUGUACUUAUAGAUUGGCAGAAGCCUAUGUACCUGAACUUUACGCACAUCGCCAUUAUGAAUCGCCUGGAUGACUUCUACUCGAAGUUCGGUGUGAUGGAACGACUAAGUGGUGAUAUCUACGUGUGCAACAAGCUAAACACCGAUCUGGAGCUAGAUCCGCUGCCGGAAGAUGCGGAGAUGCGUCUGCUGAACAUGGACAACGUGCAGGGAAUCCAUGAUCUAUAUCCUGCCAACGAAAUCGAGUGCGUCCAAUUGUUUGACAUCCUUGUCCGCAAGCUCCCUGGCUUGGGCAUCUUUCGCAAGGAAACUGGAGAGCUAGCCGCCUGGAUGGUUCACUCAUAUUACGGUGCCAUGUUCUCAAUGCAAACACGUCCAGACUUUAGGCGCAUGGGCUAUGGAAUCCGUCUGGCUAAGUCGCUGACCCAACUGGUGAUCGAGCGCGGCUACACGCCCUUCGUUGUGAUACGUCCUGGAAACGAUGCGUCCCGCAGCCUGUAUACGAAACUGGGUUACGAGAAGGCCUUCGAGACGUGCCGGGUGCGGAUGACUCCAGAUUGCUACGAGGACAGCACCGUGGGAACCAUAGGCAACACGUCCUAUGGAAAGUUUCCGCCCUUGCCGCAGGGCGAGUGCGUGGUGGUGACCAAGCUGCGGCGCAAGCAUGUGCCCGGCGAGAGCCAAACGGUGGACGAAGGCAUCGAGGAUAUGUUGGCUGAAAAAUGUGAUAUCAGCGGUGACGAGGCGAGGGAGCGCAAGACCACGACCGACGAGGGCAUCGGGGAGGACAAGUAGGCCAUGUUGGGUUAACAAUACGGGGCACGAGAUCGAUCGGUGCGCUACGCCUACGCUAAACUUAUGCUUAAAGCUGUAAGCACCUCUUAGGACUCUUUAGGACAGACAGGACAUGGCACACAUCAAGUGGCGUUGAUUUUUUAAACAAUUAUAUUAAUGAGAAACUGUACGAGUAUAUUUAUAGAUGGUAUAUGAAGCUUCCUCACACAGAAACACAGCGGCGUCGAUCGGAGAAUGCGAAUUUUCGGCCAGAAUCAAGGGAUUUAUUUUAUAUGGGUAUUGAUUAGGAUUCGAUGACAAGAACUAAACAUUAACCGGGGGGUUUAAUCGAUCAAGAACUCGCGCUGAAGUCAGACAUUUUAAACGGGAACCGAAUACAGAGAGAAUUUUUAAUUUUUUGCUAAAAAUGCUUUUACAAAAAUGAACUCCAAGAACGAACAAGAGACACAAACCGAAUGGCUCAAAGCAAAUGCAAGGAGCGCAUCAAUUUAUUAAAACUAUUAUAUAUAUUAACUCUAUAUAUCAAAUUGUUAAACGAACUAAACAAACAAAACACACACAAACUACUUCUCUCUUCUGGCUCUCCACGCAAAAUCUCUGAACAGGAUAAUAAUAUCGAAUCAACGGUCUUUGCUACCAAAAAAAAACCAAACAAAUCUCUCGCUUGGGCCAUGGAACAGAGCUUUGCACACUUUCCUCUUUUUAAAGAAACCGUUUCAGAAUACUACAUAUAUAUUUUUCAAAUAAUAUUGAUUACUUUCGAUGACCCAAACGAAGUGCUUUGAUUUUAAAUGGUCUUGUACCAACUAAAUUUGGACUUAUAGGCUUUUUUCAAAUUUAUAUAUAUAUAUACCCCAAUCCAAGAAUGAAAAAGAAAAAAAUACGAAGCGAAGCGAAAACCAAACAAAAAUACAGAAUAAAAAUAUAUAUUUUAUUAUUACGAAAUUUUAUUAAACUAUGCAAACGAGUACUCAAUGAUUUUGCUCCUAUUUAGCUGAACUAAAAAGAAAGAAACAAAAUAAAAAACACGCCAAAGAUGUCUUCUGCUUCAUUUUAAGUACAUACUCCCGAACCCGAUUCCCACUCUCCCCAGGGAUGAUUUUGGUCUAACCCUACCUGGUGAAGAUCUGAGUCAUCUAUGGAGGUUUUCUAUUAUAAAAAUGCAAAAAACAGAAUCUCAAUAUAUAUGCAAGAAAAUCAAAUUUAAUGAAAAAGUUAUAUAUUACAACUGCUAUAUUGUAUGUACUCGAACUAAAAACAAAUGAGAAAACAAACAAAAAAAAAAAAAAAAAAAAACUAAAAGAAGCAAAUUUAAAUAAAUAACAAUAUUGAGACAGCA